AAAUAUUGAAUAAUUUCUAGAUGUUUCUUACAGUUGAGGCAGCAGUUUAGAUGAUUACAUCUUUUUUUAUCCAACCUUCAAAGGCAACAAGCAAAGCUCAAAAAUCCUUUCUGAAUAUUUAUAGCAAGAUAUCAACAGAUACAUUCGUGAUUGAUGGAUUCUAUCUCAUGAUUUGUAUCAAUAGCUUGAACUUUAUAGAAAUUCAAGAAAUUUCAAAGCUCUUGUGGAGUAUUUUCGUCUACAAUAUUGAUUUUUUACUUGUGGAUGUGGAUAAUAUCAACAAAAUAAAUCUCUUGACAUUCAUCCCAUUCUUGAAAUGCGAGAAUAGCUCUUGUAGAUAUGAACAAAAGGAAGUGUGCGGAAAUACGAAACCAGUGAUAAUUAAUCAGUAUGUGAAUGGAUCAUUUCAAUUAAAGUCGAAUCAUUUUCCCGAGAAAAUUUCCAAUUUACAUCAAUGUCCUGUGAAAAUUGUUACAUUCAACUGUCCACCCAUGAUGAUGAUAAAUUAUACAGUCAGUAAUGACGGAGUUAAAUCAUUUAAAUUGUUCGGAGUUGAUGGUGAGAUGACGAAUACGUUAGCAGAGGAGCUUAAUUUUAAGAUAGAUUUGUACCACAUUUCUGAUCUAAUUAGAUGGGGAUCAUUAAGUCCAAAUGGUACGAGUAAAGGAGCAUUGAAAAUGAUUAUCGAAAAAGAAGCUGAUCUGACUGUUGGAAUGUACACCAUCACAUACCUAAGGACGCUUUUUAUGGCAACAUCUGAAUCUUAUUAUUCAGUUCCAUUCAUUCUGAUUGUGCCACCAGGAAGCCCGUUUUCAUCAUUUGAGAAACUUUUCAGGCCAUUUCAAUUAUUCGUUUGGAUUUUCCUCUUACUUACCUUUAUCAUCGCAUUCAUUGUAAUAUUAAUAAUCAAAUUACAAAGGAAUUCAGUAAGAGCCUUCGUUUUUGGACGUGGAAAUAGGUCACCAUUUCUCAAUGUACUUAUUGCUUUUGUGGGUGGCUCACAAACACAAUUGCCUCAACGCAAUUUUGCACGAACACUGCUCAUGAUAUAUUUAUUGUUUUGCCUUGUAAAGAGGUCACUUUACCAAGGAGCUUUAUUUCAAUUUCUACAAGUUGAUGAUCGCCACAAUGAAAUUCAAUCGAUUGAUGAAUUAGUUGAGAAAGACUUUAAAGUCUUUAUGCUGCCAUCAUCAUUGGAACAUACGCAAAAUAUGAAGUUUAAAGAUAAACGUAAAUGGGUGAAUGCAACAGUUCUACUUGAUAAACGUGCUGAAACAACAGAUCCACUAGCAAAACAUGCUGUAUCAAGCAGUCUCGAGCAGGUCUCAUACUACAACAAAUUGAAUUAUCGAGACAAUACAUUGACAGUUUGUAAAGAAUAUUUGUUUACGUUUCAGUAUGGAAUCUAUUUCCGUAAGAAUUCAUAUUUGGUGAAGUCAUUCAAUAGGAAAAUUUCUCUUUUUAAGACGAGUGGAUUGAUAGACUUUUGGGCGUCAGAUUACAUAAGCAAUACGUAUCUUAACAUCAAAAAAGAGAGUGAUGGUCCGAGAAUGCUUAAUGUUGAGCAACUGAUGGGUGGAUUUCAAGUGCUAUUAAUAGGGAUCAUAACUGCUUCAAUAUUAUUCAUUUGCGAGGUCAUCGCUCGAAAAUGCCGAAUUUCUCUCAUGCAGAGAUUUUUCCGGUUUUUUGCUUGAUGUGCUUAUACAAAAAGAAUUCAUUUCCAUUUGACCCUUCCUUUAAUGGCGGUCCGCAUAGAUUAAAUAAAGUUUGAAAAUUGUGAAUUAAAAUUGAAAUUUUAGGACCACAUCUGCCUACCCAAUUUCGCCCCUCUCUUUCAUCAUUUAUAUUCUGAUGCCCAUCCAUCAAAAUUGAAUGACCAUUCACGAUGUAUAUGAGCAUUUAUAUGUGGAUGAAAGAACUCCAUUAAUCAUCAUCUCGUCAAACAAUGAACAUAAGGCCUUCCAAAAAAAAAAAAUAUUUCACUUUGUAUUUGAAAGCUCAGCGAAUAUAGCACAUAAGCUUUUUCUUGGUAUCAAUAUAUGCAGACUAAUCAACAAAGUAUACACAGACUAAUCGUUGUACUAACAUAAAGAAAACAUAAUUUUCUUAGCAUGAGUGGAUUAUCAAAAGGCUGUGUAGAGCGCAUUUACUUACCCAAAUUUUAGGGUCUGAAGCAUUACACGAAACCAGUUCAAUUCAUAUGAUCUCUUUUUGAUGAGAAUUAAACUUUAGUAAAGAGAAGAAGUAACAGAUUUCCAGUUUUAUGUCUAUUUACUCAACCACAGAUGCCAUAAUCUUGCCUAUACAUUAUAUCUUAAUGCACUAGAUUAACUUUAGUUUAACACCAUUCAUAAGUGCUUAAAAAGUUACACAACAUCCAGCCACAUAGUCAUUAAGGCAGUUGCAACCACAUUAUAACCAAGAAAAGCUCACCAAAAGCUCUUUUUUCCUUCUUCUUGGCUAAUGGGCAAUUCUCCAGAUAAGUUUUUCAAAAAAUUAUCCGGAGAAUCAAAUUUUCUCGGAAAUUUUCCAUUACCAAGCAUAACUUUUACAUUUAAAUCGAUCUAAAAUGGCAAAAACUAUUAUAUUUUAUCUAUUUAAGUCUUUUAAAGUAGCCAAUAAUUAAGUUUUUUCAAUUUUUUUUGCAAAUUACUGUCAGCAAAAAAUGGAAUAAUCAUCCGGAGAAUCGAAAAUUGAAGAAAAGUAAACACUCAUUUUUUAUUAUGAUUAU